AUGGAAGAAGCUGGUAUUGGGGUGCUCCCGCCCAGAGGAUUGAAAUCGACAAGAUUUUGUCGACCCCAAUCCGAGACUUCACCCAAGAGGGUCUCCAGCUCAGACACAAGUUUGUUCCGGUUCUCAUCGGCAAUGGCCCGAGAAACAUUAGCGCGGGCCGUGUACAGUGCAUCACCGGGCGAGAGCCCAGGGCCGGAGCGGCGUAACGGCGAGUGUGAACCGCCCGCCGCGGACAUGGCAGCCACGCCGCCCGCCCCUGCGCCCGCGCCCGCCCCCGCCCGCGACGACCACGCACCACCUGUACAACCGCCUCAACACCAGAAGACACGCUCGAUAGUGGUAUCCUUGACGCCAGCGCGGGAACGGGAAACAUGGGCGAAGAAGGUAGAGUUCCUGCUGGCUGUGGUCGGGUUUGCGGUCGAUCUCGGCAACGUGUGGCGCUUCCCUUACAUCUGUUACCAGAACGGCGGCGGUGCGUUCCUGAUCCCGUACUGCAUAAUGCUGCUCUUUGGCGGUCUACCUCUGUUCUUCAUGGAGUUGGCGCUGGGGCAGUACCAUCGCUGUGGAUGUCUUACGCUCUGGAAGAAGAUCUGUCCUGCACUAAAAGGCGUGGGCUACGCGAUCUGCAUGAUCGACAUCUACAUGGGCAUGUAUUACAACACGAUCAUCGGUUGGGCGGUCUACUACCUGGUGGCCUCGCUGGCGUCGCUGGGCUCGCAGCUCCCGUGGACCAGUUGUGACAACGAGUGGAACACGCCGCUCUGCACGCCGAUCACCUCGCCGCAGAUCUUCCUCAACGCGACUACUCCCGCUAAGGAAUUUUUCGAACGCAACGUGCUGGAACAACAUAGGUCUAACGGUUUGGACGACAUGGGUCCCAUCAAGCCUUCGCUCGCGCUCUGCGUGUUCGGAGUCUUUGUUCUCGUCUACUUUUCGCUGUGGAAAGGCGUUAGGAGUGCUGGCAAGGUUGUGUGGGUAACAGCACUGGCUCCGUAUGUGGUCCUGCUGAUUCUGCUAGCGAGAGGCGUCACCUUACCUGGAGCUACGGAGGGUAUACGCUACUACCUAACGCCUGAAUGGCAUAAGUUGCAAAACUCUAAGGUGUGGAUCGACGCAGCGUCUCAGAUAUUCUUCUCCCUCGGCCCCGGUUUCGGGACGCUGCUGGCGCUCUCCAGCUACAACAAGUUCGAUAACAACUGCUACCGCGACGCGCUCCUCACAUCAUCUAUCAACUGCCUCACCAGCUUCCUUGCGGGAUUUGUUAUCUUCUCCGUAUUAGGGUACAUGGCGCACGUACAGAACAAGAGUAUCGAGGAGGUGGGUCUCGAGGGUCCGGGGCUGGUGUUCAUUGUGUACCCUGAGGCUAUCGCCACCAUGACGGGAUCCGUCUUCUGGGCCAUCAUAUUCUUUCUUAUGCUCAUCACUUUGGGACUGGACAGUACAUUUGGAGGUUUAGAAGCGGUGACGACGGCACUUUGUGAUGAAUACCCUCGAGUGUUGGGCAGACAUCGAGAGAUAUUUGUUGCUGUUCUUUUACUCUUCAUUUACAUCUGCGCUUUACCAACCACAACUUAUGGCGGUGUAUACCUGGUGGACCUUUUAAAUGUGUACGGCCCCGGUCUGGCGAUCUUGUUCCUGGUGUUCGCGGAGGCGGCGGGCGUGUGCUGGCUGUACGGCGUCGACAGAUUCUCCGAGGACGUGCGCAGCAUGCUCGGUCACACGCCCGGGAUAUUCUGGCGCGCUUGCUGGACUUAUAUCAGUCCUGUGUUCCUGCUCGGUUUGUUCGUGUUCUCCGUGCUAUCACACGAGGAGAUGCUGGGUGGUGAGUACACGUACCCUGGCUGGUCUAUUGCUGUCGGCUGGGUGAUGACAGGCACCACCGUCUCCUGCGUGCCUCUUUACAUCAUCUACAAAUUCAUCAUCACCCCGGGAAGUUGCUAUCAGCGUAUAAGAACCAUCAAGCGACCAGAGGAGAGCUCCGCACCAUCGGGCGAGGUGGCUGUCUGCAGCCUGUGACUGCCGCCGCCCGUCGAGUGGCUCGUCUAACUCUGCUCACACCGCUUAAGCCAACUGAUCUAUUGGAUGUUAGCAAGUACUUUUAAUGUUUAGUGUUCUAAAGCGUUACAUAACAGUGUAUCGAAUUGGUUUAUAUAUUUUGCUUAGUUCAAGUGUGCGUUUGAAGAUAAGAGUUUUACUGUGUAUUUUAGUAAAAUGCUUUGGUAAUAAAGUUUAUAUGAUUGUAGCGUUUAAAAUGAAUAUGAUAAUCGUAUUAGCAGUUCACGUUGUUCUGUAUUAACUGUAGUUUCUACCAAUAAAUUACCAAUUAAUUCUAAUAGAAAUAUAUGUAAAAUCGCUUCAUAAAAUAUGUUAGAAGUAUAAAAAGUUAGAAACGGGUUGCAACUUAUA